UCCACCAUGCCCGUGCCUCCCCCUCCAGCUCCCCCUCCGCCCCCAACACUGGCCUUGGCAAAUACUGAAAAGCCAUCCCUAAGCAGGUCAGAACAAGCAGGGAGAAAUGCUCUAUUAUCUGAUAUUACCAAAGGAAAAAAGCUAAAGAAGACUGUUACUAAUGACAGAAGUGCUCCGAUUCUAGACAAACCCAAAGGACCUGGUGGAGGUGGCGGCGGUGGCUUUGGAGGAGGUGGCGGUGGCAGCGGCGGGGGUUUUGGUGGUGGCGGACCACCUGGCCUUGGAGGCCUUUUUCAAGCAGGAAUGCCAAAGCUCAGAUCUGCUGCGAGUCGAGAUGCCGAUGCCGGGGGAGGCCGCCCGCCCGCCCUGCCGCCCGGAGGCCGCUCCGCAGCCGCCAAGCCCUUCUCUCCGCCGAGCGGCCCGCCGCGCUUCCCGGGGCCGCCCUCGGGGCCGCGGACCUCCGCUCCCGAGCCGCAGAGGAGCCGCAUGCCGCCGCCGAGGCCCGACGUCGGCUCCAAGCCCGAGGCCGUGCCGCCCCCGGUGCCCAGCACCCCCCGGCCCAUCGCCUCCAGCCUGCACAACAGGGGCUCGCCGCCGGUGCCGGGCGUGAGCCGGCAGCCCAGCCUGGGGCCCUCGCCCCCGCCGUUCCCGGGCAGCCGGAGCGCGGGGUCGGCCGGGCCCCUCCGGCAGCCCGGCCCCAGCGCGCCGCCCGCCUUCUCCGGCCGGCCGCCGCUGCCGCCCACCCCGGGCCGGCCGGCGGAGGACAAGCCGCCGCCCCCGCCGCCCCCCGCCGGGCACCGGCCGCCCGCCGCCCGGGAGGCGGCUCUGCCGCCGCCGCCGCCGCAGAACAGCAAGCCGCCCGUGCCCUCCGCCCCCCGGCCCACCCUCGGCGCCCCGGCGCCCCCGCCGCCCCCCAGCAGGCCGGGGCCGCCCCCCGGCCCGCCCGUCCCCGGCGGCAGCGACGAGAUGCCGCGGCUGCCCCAGAGGAACAUCUCGCUGGGGUCCUCCUCGGCGCCCGGCGGCGGGGGGGGCCGCUCCGGACCCCUGCCCCCCCCGCCCAGCGAGAGGCCCCCGCCGCCCGUCAGAGACCCCCCGAGCCGGUCAGGCCCGCUCCCACCACCUCCUCCCAUAAGCAGGAAUGGAAGCACUUCAAGGGCUUUGCCCGCUACUCCCCAGCUGCCCUCCCGGGCAGGGCUGGACAGCCAGAGAGGUGGACCACGACCGCCGCUUCCCCCCGACCGGCCAGGCUCGGCAGCGCCGCCACCACCACCGCCGCCUUCAUCAGCUGUCAGAAACGGCUUCCAGGACCCAGGUGAUGAUGAAUGGGAAAGCAGAUUUUCUUUUCAUCCUAUAUCUGAUUUGCCACCUCCAGAGCCAUAUGUACCUGUGAACAGAAGUUAUCCCAGUAAACUAGCAAGAAAUGAAAGUAGAGGUGGCUCUGGCCGAAAAGAAAGAGGUGCCCCGCCGCUUCCGCCUAUACCAAGGUGAAAUGGGUUCUGGCCCAUCUUUGGGCGACGUCUGUUUUCAAGUUUCUUUCGAGUCAGCUCUCCUGUCCACAUCAUUGGAAAGUUGUCUGUUUUGCUUUAUUUCCACUUUUGGCUUGUCAGCUGGAACAAUCUUCAGUCUCUAUUACAGAAGUAAUAGAUGCAGCUUAUGAACUAUAGUUGCUCAAAGCUAUAAAUUUUAUUUGCUUAAACUGCAGGCUGUCAUGAAAGACAUUUUGUGGACCAUACACAACAUACGUGCAUCAUACUUACCGCAUCCAGCCCUGUCCCCUUGAGAGCUCCACGAGAGGUCUGGCUUUGAAUUUAAUGAGAGCUGGAGCAAAGCUGUUUCAUUCACUUUGGGUACAGUGGCUGUAUUAUUUGAAUGAUAAAGUACAAUCUAUUUUCUGUUUAAAAAACAGUUGCUGGGGAACAUCGUGUAGCCAGGAGUCCCCCGGAGCCUUCUUUCCAUGCCUAACUUGGCCCAUCUGCUUCUGCAAGCCAUAGAGCUACUGCAUGGUGAC